ACCCCGCUGUGGGAGAAGGGGCUGGAGUUGGGAGGAGCGGCUGUGGCUCUUCGUGUGGCGCCGGGAGCGCCCUGGAGGGGGCAGCAGGCAGCCCGCUUCGUCCGCAGCAAGGGGGUGGAUCAGUGGUAACAGGACGUGCCGACAGAGGCAGCUGCCGCAGCCCAUCAAGCUCCACCCCUCUACUCCCCGGAGGGGGGUGUGUGUGAAGGGCCGCGCAUGCGCGCUGGCUGAGUGGUGGAGGCCACCGACCUUGCUAUGGCAGGCCACGGCGGGGCCGAGACGGUGCUGUUUAAACGCGGCGCCGGGCAGAGCGACGAUUCGGACAUCUGGGAUGACACCGCCCUGAUAAAGGCGUACGACAGAGCGGUGGCGUCAUUUAAGAAUGCUCUAAAGAAUGGUGAGUGUUCAGAGCCUUCAGACAAACAAGAACAAUGCUCAGGGACAAAGAGAAAAAAUAAUAAAAAGAACAGAAGUAGGAAGAAAAGCAACGCAGCACCAUUGAAGCAGUGGAAAGUUGGUGAUGCCUGCAGUGCAGUUUGGUCUGAGGAUGGCAAUGUGUACCUAGCAACUAUUGCCUCAAUCGAUCAGAAGAGAGGGACCUGUGUUGCUGUUUACACUGGGUAUGGAAAUAGGGAAGAGCACAAUCUAUCUGAUCUGCUUCUUCCAAACACCGUUGAAAAAGAAAACAAGGAACAGAAUGCCGGGGAGAAUGAAAAUGAGACUCAGUAUUCAACAGAUGAAAGUGAAAAGUCCUCCCAGUCACCUGGAAACAAAUACAACUCUACAAAAUUAAAAUCCUCUCACUGGAACUCCCAUUUUCCACCUCCACCACCACCAGGCCUGGGAAGGUCUGGACCAAAAUUUAGUGGACCACCACCUUUCUUAUCAAGCUGCCCCCCACCAUUCCCAACAGGACCACCGUUGAUUCCUCCUCCACCACCCAUGGGUCCAGAUUCUCCUGAAGAUGAGGAAGCUUUGGGAAGUAUGUUAAUAGCCUGGUAUAUGAGUGGUUAUCACACCGGCUACUAUCUGGGUUUAAAACAGAGCCGUAUGGAAGCUGCCUUGGAGAGAGGUCCUCACCCUAAAUAAUUGAAUAUCACUUACUAUCUUGAGCAAUUGAAAGACAUACCAUCUAGAUCAGUGGUCUCCAAAGUGGGGUGCGCAGCAGGAGGAGUGCCUCCGGCAUGGCAGCAGCAGCGCUCCUGGACCUUUGAUUCUUCGGCGGCAAGCCUGCAGCAGCUCGGUUCUCCCUGCUUCGUCUUUGGCGGCAUGCUGGUGGCAGCUUUUUUUUUUUCCCCUUCUUUGCUUCCCCAGAGCUGGCCCUGGGGGUGUGCGAUUCAAAAAGAUUGGAGACCCCUGAUCUCGAUCAUAGCAGCCCCCUGUGCCCUGCUCUGUCUGGCCAGUGCCUCCUCACCUGACCCUACUGUGAGGAGUGCAGCCUCUCCCCCUCCCUCUGCUGGCUUGGUGCCCUCUCUUCUGGUUCCACAGCAGCCCCUGGGUGGAUGAAAGGGGUAAUUGCAACACCUCUGCAGCAGAAUCUAUAUUCUGCAGAGGGGGAAAAUAUUUGCUGGGGGGAAACAAAUUCUGCAUGUGCACAGGAGUGCAGAAUACUCACAAGAGUAGCAUGUACACCCCCUCAUUUGCAUCUUGUUAAAGGCCUACCACAAUGCAGUUAUUCAGAGUGGAUGGUGUAGCUAUUUGUAACACGCUACUUUCACUCCUUUCUUACAUGUUUGAAAUAUCACUGUCAGUAACCAACUCUGCUCCCACUUCUUGGGCAAAUCAAAGGAAGGCAGUACAUUUGCCAAGGUUAUAAUUCACUGGAACUUACAUCAUUCUGUUGCUGAUAUAAGGAAGAUAAUCAAAUCCUCUUUCAAAAUAUUGUAACAUUGCAAUACUAACAAAUGAAAAGCACUAAAACCAGAAUUGCUAAAAGUGCUCUUUGGGAAAUCAUUUAGAAUAAGACUUUUAACCCCCAUUUUCAUUUCCUUUAGUUUAGAUGUAACAUCUCACACCCUGACAAAAAGCCUGCAGCUCCCAUUUCUGAGAAUGAGGGUGGGUCACUUAAUUAAAAUGCACUGCUUAUUAUUUUUUUCACAUCACAUAUCUUUCCCUCACUUCUUUUAAAACUUGUUUAUAAGACUCAAACUUUUACAGUCCAUAGUGGCUAUAAUACAUACAUUGAAACAUCAAAAUGAUUUGUCAUUGGACUAAUUCAAAAUUACUCACUUUUCAUGGUUAGAUUUCAACCUGGGAGGAUAUGUUAAGUGGGAUCCCUGAGUAGUCUGGUCCAUCUCACUAUUUUCAUUAAUGAAUGGGUUGAUGGAGUAGAGAGUAUGCUUAUAAAAUUUGUGGCUGAUGCCAAACUGGGAGUGGUUGUAAGCUUUGAAGGACAGUAUUAAAAAUUCCAAAUUACCUUGAUAAAUUGGAGAAUAAGAAAUUCAGUAAAGUUAAGUGCAAAUAACUGUACUUAGGAAUGAAAAAUCAAAUGCUCAACUGCUAAAUGGGGAAUAACUGGCUACUCAGAAAUAUUGAAGGAAAGGACUGGGUGGUUAUAGUGGCUCACAAGAGUAUGAGUCAGCAGUGUGCACUGUGGCAAAAAAAGGCAAAUGUCAUUCUGCAAUCUAUUAACAAGAGAGUUCUCUGUAAGACCUCAGCUAACGUACCACACACAAUUUUUGGCACCACAAGAUGUGAUCAAAUUGGAGAAUCCAGAGAACAACAAAAGUUCAGGUUUAGAAAACAUGAUUUAUGAGAAAAGGUUGAAAGAACUGGGCACAUUUAGUCUAAACUGAAUAGAGACCGGAUAACCUUUUACAUAUUUGAAGAGUGUUUCUUAUGUGUAAGAUCAGUUAUUCUACCACAGGUAGAAGUAGUAAUCAGCUUAGUUUGCAGCAAAGGAGAUUUAGGUUGGAUAUUAAGAAAAACUUUAUAACUAUAAGAAUAGUUAAGCUCUGGCACAGGUUACCUAGGAAGGUUGUGGAAUACCCAUCCUCAGAGGUUUUUAAGAACAGGUUAGACAAACGUGUCAGGGAUGGCCUAGGUAUACUUAACCCUGCCUCAACAUGGGAGGAUGGACUAGAUGACUAUUUGAGGUCCCUUCCAGCCCUGCAUUUCUAUAUUUAUGAUUUAGAAAGUUUAUCCUGCUAGUCUGUCACAAAGUACUUGGAUAAGUUCUUAUAAUAAAAGAUUUGUUUCUACUGUAAUUUAAAAAAUUCUAUCCCAAGGGUAGAAAAACCAUGUUUAAGUAUAAUAUAUUUGAUUGGUUCAUGUUUGUUUCAUAACUUGUAAAAAACAAAAAACUGUUUUAGCAUACAAAUCAAUUUUUAUCACUUUUCCACACACUUACAGAUUUACACAUUUAUUUAGCAUGACUCAAGUAAGUCAAAGGCUUUCAAAACAAGUUAGGGAAAUGAAUCAGAUGAUGCAGAUAUUUUUAUAAACAUUAACCAUGAGAAUUUAAAUAUUCCAAUUCUAUACAUUAACUAAAACGUGGGUUUGUUACCGCAUUCAUCUAGGUAUUUCUUCUUGUUUUUGAGUUGCCUUACUGAAGUCUGUGGUUGAAUAGUCUAAUUUGACUCUGUGCAAGAAUGAAACAGGUAGGACAAUCUCUACAAACACCUGGUAUCAUACACCCAGAGGAGCAGGAUCCUUGUGAAUGCAGCCAGGACAGCAGUGCAGAGAAUCAUGAACAAAUAAGUCACAUUCCAUACAAAAUACAUUCUGGCAGACUUUACAAAUGUAAACCUGAGUGAAAAGAUUAAAAAAAUUAAGUUAAAUUUUCAAACACAAAUAUCCCUGUUUAUUACAGUAAUGUAAUGAGUACUGUAAACAAAAAACUAUGUUGCAUAUUUACAUCAAAUUAAAGUUUCCAAUAUGAAAAGACAGUAUCUUUCAGGCUAAAUAUAACUUAGAUUCAAUCAGAAUAAACUAUAAAUUGUGUUUCUUAUUAAACUAAGAAUUGCCCAAAUUCUCACCCUUAAAAAACCCAUCAUUGUAAUAACUUGGGAAUCCUAGGAGUACUACAGCUAAUAUAUGUUUAAAAAAAUAAGUACAGGUUACAUUAAAGAGUUCUACAACUAUAAGCAUCGUGUCUGACAAAGCUCAUUUUUCUCUAAUUUUACUCUACUCGUUAGAGACUCCCACCAUCCUUAUGCCCAGAGGUGGGAACAGGACUCAUUCUUAGCCCUGUCAACUUUUUGAGCAAGAGCAGCAGCACACCUGAGUCUCUGGACACUCCCUUACCUCAAGUGUGCUGAUUUGCAGUCGAAAAAGUGAGAAGCCAGGACUGAGAAUUCAAUCUAGCCAACAUGAUGGUCUCCAUACAGGUUUUUUUGUCAUCAUGAUGACCUUCACAAAGAUUAAAUUACAUUAAGAAGCAGUGUGCAAAUUACAUUACAUUUUAAUAACUUACAUGCUGAUCUUUAAUCUCCCCUUGGCAGCCUUGACAAUAGCUAUGAAACAGAAUUCAAUAUUUUUAUUGAAAGCAGAGAAAAAAAUUGUUAAACAACACCAUUUUACACAGUCAUUUCUUAUACAAUUAUUUGAUAUCCAUUUCUGUAAUUUAAAGGACAAAUCACAGCCAUUUAACUUAACAUGCACUAGUUCUACCACUACUAAAGAAAUCACUGCCAACUUAUCUUAUUUUCAAAACAAAAGAUGAAAUCUAUAAGGCCCAAGUUGAUUCUUUAUAGCAGGCAUGAUUUACAUACCGUUCUCCUUUAUAUUCUUCCAGUGUAACUUCUUGAAAGGCAUCCAAAGGAAACAGGUGAUGGUAAGACCGAGCCAGAUGGGGUGCAGAGACUAAUGUAAGACCUUGAAUGUCAAAAUAAAAAAAAAAAGACCAAAAAAAAUCAUCUGUCAAGAUAAAGCAAAAUAUUUGAUUUCAUGAAUACAGGAGAAUUUCUGCCUUAGUCCACAUAAAAUUUAAAAAUCUCUUAAGAAUUAGAAGUUAUACAAUUCCAUUCUGUUCCAUCUAGGUUAGUGAUUGCAGAGGUUUACAAAAGUAUACUAAUGACUUCCUUUGAGGGUUGGUGAAUUAUUAUUUUAAUUCUAUAAUAAAAAUAUAACUAUGCCCAAGCCCUUCAAUGAAGGCAAAUUACACCUUUCCUCCAGCACAAGUGAUAUUUCCCCUAUACUAUGUAACUAUAUUGGUUGCUAAAGGAAUCCCUUUUUGGAUAUGUAUGUAUGCCAAUCAAGUGAAUAUAAAAGAUACUGGAAUACAAAAGAAAUGGAGUCUGAUCAAAUUCUGAUUCACCCCAAAUUCCCACUGUCCUCAAUGAAAGUUUCAAGCACACAAGGAAUUCAGUAUCCAGUCUAUGACACAACAGUCUGUGUUAUGGUAUUGCUUUCUACACACUGUAGCCCUGAGAGCCUCAAACUUAUUUGAUACCCAAGACUAUAGAAUUAAGGACAAGUUCUGCAACAGGCACAAUUGAGUUUUUCUACAUCCCAAUAGCUUAAGGAUUUGUUUGUUGUUGCUUACCAUUAUAUGUAAAGAAUCAUAGGAAUAUAAGGCUGGAAGGACUUUGAGAGGUCACCUAGUCCAACACCCUACACUGAAGCACGAUCAAAUAUACCUAAAACCAUACCUAACAUUUAUUUUGUUUAACCUGUUCUUAAAAACCUUCAACAGGGACUCUACAAACUCCCUUGGAAGCCUAUUCCAGUACUUGUCUAACUAGAAGGAUAGUUCUUCCUAAUAUAUAACUUAAAUCUCCCUUGCUGCAGUUUAAGUCCAUUACUUCUUGUCCUAUUUUCAGUGGAUAUGGAGAACAAUUGAUGAUCAUCUUCUUUAUAACAACCCUUAACGUAUCUGAAGACUAUCAGGUUCCCUCCCCCCAAGUCUUCUUUUCUUAGGAUUAGAAAUGCCCAGUUUUUUUAACCUUUCCUCAUAGUGUUCCACGUUUUCAGUUUUUACCAGUUUUCACUGAUAAAUUACCAGGUUUAUUGAAGGUGUUCAGUUUUUACUGAUUUGCACCCCUUUAUCAAUCCACUCAGUAUUUUUUCAGGUACUUAUUUUUGUUAAACACUAACGCUUUAUGCGAUUGUGUCCUGCAGCUCUGAAAUUGAAGCAGUUCCACAGUGUAAAACACAGUACACACACGGUAGAGGUUGGAAAAUUAAACAUUAAUAUCGUGCUACGAUUGGCUCACAAGGUAACACUACCUGUCCAUUUCUUUGUGUUCAUUUAGUGUGGCACUGAAUUUAAACAAUCAAUCCUCCACAGAUAAAGAUAUGUAAUGGCCCCUAUGUACCUGGUUAUCUCCGUUACUGCCAAUCUCCUUAUGGGUUUGGAUGGACGGGUCUGGGUUCUUCAGGAUCCCCACACAGCCAGUCUUACCCUUUCUGUGGCUGGUUCCAGACUACCCCCAAAAUGGUUUCUCCCCACUCCAAGGCUCCCAGGAAUGGGCAUCUCAUUCCCUAUUGAUCAAGCUAGCUCUUCUUCCCAGGCUUUCCCUUGUCAAUCAUUUGACUGCCUCUUCCUCUGAGCAGGCAUGCCUGCAAUCCUUCCCCAAACCAACAGGGGCCCCUGUUGUUCUACACAGUAUCUCUCCUCUCUCCCACUUGGUUGCCUAGCAGACUCAGAUCUGCCCUUGGCUCUCCCUUCCCAGGGGAAGGGUAUGGCUCUCCCUGAACUACCAGCACAUAGAGCCCCAGAAACUUAGGUAAGCUCCUUGGGGGUUAUAGAUAGAUAAGGUAAAAAGGUAAACAUGGGAUGAAAACGCAAACCUAUGCGGAAUACCAAUAAGCAAAUCAGUGCUUAGACAUUUUCAAGAAAGGUAAAGAUGGGAGUGAGGAGGAUGCAUUGUGCUGCAAGUACUGCAGCACAGAAGUCAGUGCUCAUGCUGACAGAAUAAAGAGACAUGUUGAAAGCAAGCGACACAAGAAGCUUAAAGAAGGAAAGUGAGCUUCGGGAUAAACGGUCAAUAUCAGGAGCUUUUACCAGGGUUUUAAUGAAAGAGAAGGCACAGCAUGAUUGUGUCAAUUAAUUUGUGCGUGCUCUUUCUUUUGCCGGACAACUGCUGUUAAUAGCAGAGGGGCCUAUUGAUGACUUCGUGCAACAAUACUGUCCAGCUGCAAAAACCCUUCCUAAUGCAGACAACCUCACUCGUAAGCAUCUGAAAGAAAAUGACAAUGCUUUAGUACCUACACUGAUGGAACAGAUUGACGGAAAUGUGGAGUCUAGUCUGAUUUGUGAUGAGUCUCCGGAUACUUUGGACCAUCCAAUUCUUGGCUUUUUGUUCUCAUUUUUUUAUUUUUUCAAAGCAAAUAAACCCACAUUGUUUUGUGCUGAUGUGACAUUCAUCCCUCUGCUGACAGCUGUUUUGUUGACAUAACAAUAACUGACAUGUUUGAUAUGUACCAACUAGGGAAAACGUGGCCACAACUAAUACAGAUUCUGCUUCCUACAUGACUAUGUUUGCACAGGAGAUUAAACUCAAUCAGAAACCAGAGCUGCUCUGUAUUACCAGUCCCGCUCAUCUGAGUAAUGCUGUGCUGUCAGCAGCUACUGCUACAGAAGAAAUGAAAGAUGUGAAAUUUUGUAUCACUGGAUUCAGGGCCAUCUUCAAGCUUGCAAACAAACUGAAGGCUUUGUUUAACACAGUGCGAAUUGAGUGCAGAGCCAAUUGCCGAUUAACUACCCCUUUGUUGUGCCACAUUGGUGGAUGAGCUUGUAUUUCGCUGCUUGUUAUGUAAAUAACACAUGGACUGUGCUAAUGUAUCUCCUAGAUCAUCCUGAGUUUGUUGGUUCUAAAGUAGAAACUCUGAAGAGACUGGCCAAUAACAAAAGUAAGUGCUAGAUUCUGCACACCAAGAUAAUAUUCAUUGUUGAAAACUUAGAGUCACUGUGUGACACACAGAAAACACUCAAAUUUUCUCCAACUACUGCCAACGUUUGCCAAUAAAGAUAUUGACCCGAUCCUGAGAACCAAAAUCUCAGCUGAACUGAGCACAAAAGCUGCAGGAGAAACAUAUGGCAAGAAAACCAUCUAUUUCUGGAAAUCCUUCCCACCCUGGAACACAAGAAAAAUCAAACAAGCACUCAAAACCUUCAACACAACACAGCCAGAAAUAGGAGAUGACUGUGGCCUAUAAUCUGAACCCCCAAAGUGUUUGGUGCCAAAGAUUCUUUUUGGAAUGUCAUCCGGUAUUGCACCCCUUCCUCAAGGUGAAUUUUGCAGCAGAAUAUGACAGUUAUGCCAGAGUAUUUCAACCACUGGCCACUAAAGAUAAAAUUUCAAAUCUGAAAGGGGCAUUUACUAAUUCCAUGAACUUGCCUAACCCUGAUGAUACGUAACUGGAUGUUCUGGCUUUUUAGAACAACAUCAAAACACACUUCCCAACUUCAGCAAAGUGGCACAGCAAGUUAUGAGUGCAUCCCCUGGAUCUACUGAUGCAGAGUGCAUAUUUUCAAAGUUGGACUAAUUCCAUGACUGCAAGAGGCUCAACAUGAGUGAAGAUACUUUGAAGAAAAUUAUACAAGCGUACGCAAACCAGGAUUUCUGGGAAAAACUACAAGCUCUGAGAGACACAAAAUAUACCUUUGUACAUUUAAAAAAAAGUUUCAAUUAUACUGUAGUAAAAUGUGUAUAUUACAAAAGUUUUUGGGUAUCCCCACCCCCCACCCCCCGCCCAUCCAAUUUUUCCCAAUUUUUUUAACCUGAUUUCAUCCCGUUUUUAAGGUUUGGAAAAUAAACGCUGAAAAAUUCCCAGUUUUUUUUUUUUUAAACAAAUAAAAACUGAAAACGCAGAAUACUCAUAGGUCAGGUUUUCUAACCAGUUAUCAUUUUUGUUACUCUCCACCAGAGCCUCUGCAAUUUGUUAAUAUCUUUCCUAAAGAGUGUGGCACUCGGAACCGGACUCCAGCUGAGGCCUCAUCAGCGCCAGACAGGACAAUUACCCCCCAUGUCUUACACUUGUUCAUUCACCGCAGAACUACAUUAGCCUUUUUUUGCAACUGUAUCAUAUUGUUGACUCAUAUUCAAUUUGUGAUCCACAGUAACCCCUGAUCCUUUUCAGCAAUAUUAUCGCUUAGCCAGUUAUUCCCCAUUUUAUAGUUGGGCAUUUGAUUUUGAAUUCCUAAGUGCAGUACUUUGCACUUGUCUUUACUGAAUUUCAUCAUGUUGAUUUCAGGCCAAUUCUUCAAUUUGUCAAGGUGAUUUUGAACGCUAAUCCUGUCUUUCAAAGUGCAAGCAACCUCCCGUACUUAAGUGUCAUCCACACAUUUUAUAAGCAUACCCUUCACUCCAUUAUCCAAGUCAUUAAUGAAAAUACUGACCAGAACUGAUCCCAGGACACAACCCUGGAAGAUCCCACUAGAUAUGUCCUCCCAGUUUGACAGUAAACCAUUGAUAACUAUUAUCUGAGUACAGUCUUUCAACCAGUUAUGCACCUUAUAGUAAUUUCAUCUAGGCCACAUUUCCCUAGUUUGCUUAUGAGAAUGUCAUGUGGGACUGUGUCAAAAGCCUUACUAAAAAUCAAGAUAAAUCAUGCCUACUUCUUCGCUGCCCUGCCACCCUCCCACCCCCACUCAUUAGGCCAGUACCCUUGUCAAAGAAGGAAAUUACAUUGGUUUGGCAUGAAUUAGCAAAUCCACACUGGCUAUUACUGAUAAACCUAUUAUACUCUAGGUGCUUUAAAACUGAUUGUUUAAAAAUUUGUUCCAAUACUUUUCCAGGUAUCAAAGUUAGGCUGACUGGUCUCAAGGGUGAAAGUAGCUUAAAUCUCUUACUGCUACACAGGGCUGCUGGGCCCCUGGAAGGGACGGGGCCUCGGGCAGAAGGGGCAUGGCCAGUGGCACUGGAACAAUUUUUAGGGUGGGGGUGCUGAGCUGCACCCCCUCACCCCUGCCCUGUCCGUGCCCCUCACUGCCCCAGGCUGGGACCACAGCUAGGGGCGGCUGUGGAGGCCAGAGCCAGGACCGGAGCCCCAUGGCCAGGACCCCAAGUAGCAGCAGAGCCCCCAGGGCCAGCGCCUGGGACCCUGGAUGAGGGGCCGGUGGCCGAGACCUGCAGUGGGGCCCCUGGGUGGGAGGCUGACGGCUGGGACCCCAGCAUGGGGCCACUCUGGGCACAAAGCCUGGGGGUGCUGUGGCACCUCCCACACUCCUACUUCCCACACCUAUGGGCAGGGCUGGGGGCCAGCCUCCUGCAGCGCUGCCUGAGGCUCCAGCCACUGCUGCAGUAGUGGUGGCCAGGAGCCCUGGGUUCUUUUAAAUAGCCGAGCCCCAGGGCAGCUGCCCCUUUUGCCCCCCUGACGGCAGCCCUGCCGAUAUGGUCCUUAAAGCACUGCCACAGCAGCACUUUAAUUUCAGCUAUGUACCAGCCCAUACCUGCGGCCACUUUCUUACUGGUACACCGUACUGGCUUACUUUCACCUCUGAGUGGUCUAUAAUUCCCUGGGCCCCCUUUUUAAAAAAUAGGUACUAUCUUCACCCUUCUCUAUUCCUCCCCCAUCCUCCAUGAGUUCUCAAAGAUAAUUACUAAUAGUUGCAAAAUUAUUUCAGGUAAUUCCUUAAGGUACCCUAGGGUGCAUUUCAUCAGGCAAUGCCAAUAUGAAUACAUAUAAAUAUUCUUUAACCAGUUCUUUCCCUAUUUUGGUCUGCAGUCCUUCUUCCUUGUUGUUAAUAUUAAUUGUGUUAAGUACCAGGUCACAACUUAUCUUUCCAGUGAAGACUGAAGAAAUAGGCAUUAAACAUCUCAGCCAUCUCAAUGUGGUCCAUUAUUAGCUCUCCUUCCCUGCUAAGUAUAGGAUUUACACUUUUUCUUCGUCUUUCUCUUGCUCCUAAUGUCUUUAUAAAACCUCUUCUUGUUGCCUUUUAACGUCCCUUGCUAGGUACAAUUCAUUUUGUGCCUUAGUCUUUCUGAUUUUGUGCGUGUGGUAUUCUUUUGUACUUUCCUUAGCAAUUUGUCCAUGUUUGCAUUUUUUGUAGGAUUCCCUUUUGAUUUUCAAGUGCAGCCAAAGUGGCCUCUUAUUAUCCUUCCUAUCUUUCCAUCACAUCAGGAUAGUUUGCUGUUAUGCUUUUAAUAUUGUCUCAGAGAAGCUGCUAGUUCUCCUGAACUCAUUUAUCCCUUAGAUAUUCCUCCCAUGGGACCUUACAUUCCAGUUCUCUGAGUUUGUCUAUGUCCUUAUUCUGCUGCUCUCCUCCCUUUCCUUAGAAUCAUAAAAUCUAUCGUUUCAUGAUCAUUUCACCCACAUUGCCAUCAACCUUCAGAUUUGCAAUCAAUUCCUCCCUGAUAGUUAGAAGCAAGUCUAAAAUGGUGUUCCCCUGGUUACUUCCACCAUCUUCUGAAACAAAAUGUUGUCCCCAAUACAUUACAAGAAUUUUUGGGACAUUUUGUGUUUUGCCAUAUUGCUUUUCCAAGAGAUGCCUGGGUAAUUAAAGUCCCCCAUUCCUACCAAGUCUGAUGUUUUCGUUAUUUCUAUAAUUUGUUCUAGAAAUGCUUCAUUCACCUCCUUCUCCUGAUUUGCUGGUCUAGUAGACCCCCUCCCAUUACAUAAUCUCUCUGUUUUCCCCUCCUUUUGUUUUCACCAAGUCUAUAUACUUUGUGUUGUUUUUUCAUACUCACCACAGAUUUUGCAUUCCACAGGGAGUUCACAGUAUUUGGCUCUACACUGGGGACAGAAAUAUCCACCCAGCGUGAGACCUGGAUCACUGUUGUUUUCCAAGUGCCUGGGGGUGGGGUAGGAAGAGAAGAAAUCAAUAUUGUUGAAAUCUCUUGGACAAAUGUGAAACUGUUGGACAGAAUUGGAGAACAAGCAUAGAGUUUGUCACAUAGAGUUUGGUGUGAUACAAAGUUGCAAAUCAACCAGAAAAUUCACUAUUAAAUACACAUUUCCUUAAAUAACAUGGCCACUUAAUGAAGUGUUACAAGAAAACACCAACACUUUACCAGGGUCUUUAAUUAAAUCCUGGGAUUAACCUUCCCAUUUCUUAAGUAUCAAAAUAUUCAGAAAUUUAUUAAGUGUUACCUAGUAGCUCAAUUUCCACCGAUAAUGGAGUUUCUAACCCUGUGUCUCAAUAACACCCAAGAAUAGGGAAAUGUCAUAAGGAGUUCAAUAAGCUUUUUGAAAUGUGAUCCAAGAUCUAAUGGUUUAAGGAAAUCUUUUUCCAAGAGAGGAAAUUUAUGCUUGAUUUAGCCACCUGCUUUUGGCUCAGAAGCCAGAACCUUGCUUUCCCUUCAUAACAGAAGAUUAAUUUUCCCCCCACAACUGAAAUUUCCUUUACCUCUAGAAAGUGACUUUAUAAAAGGCAUCCACUAUAUUAUAGUCCUAAUUUUUCCACACACAGAGAAACUCUCGUUUGGACUUAAAAACAAAAGAUAUGCAUUUUAAUUCUCUCAUGGAGUAUACACUGUUCUUCUUCGAGUGAUUGCUCAUAUCGAUUCCAAUUAGGAUGUGCACAUGCCACGUGCACAGUCAUUGGAAAGUUUUUCCCCUAGCAGCACCCGGUUUGGCUCUGGAGCCUCCUGGAGGGGCGUCUCCAUGGCACUCAAUAUAUGACCCCCCAACCCAGCACCUCCUCAGUUCCUUUUUACCGCAGUGACAGUUGUUGGAACUGUGGUGACUUGCUUAGCAAGCUCUCCUCAUUUUCCCUAGCCUUUCUGUGUAGUGUAGUUUCAGAGUUAUUUCUAGUUUAGUUUACUGUAGUUAUGAUCAAUAGCUUUUGGGAGUGGGGAUUUCCCCUCCACCCCAACUGCAUUCUCCCCUUGGGGACUCAGGGCAUGCCUAAGUCCCAAGGGUUCAAACCCUGCAAUAAGCCAAUCCCAGCAGGCAACCCCCAUGACGCUUGCUUAAAGUGUCUGGGGGAAGCACACCAAGCGGACAUGUGCAGGGUUUGUAAAGGGUUUCG